GGGGAGUGUAGUCUGGAACCCGGAAGCAGAGUCGGAAGUUAGAGGGAUUGUGCUGUGUUGUGCAGAGUCCAGAGCUCUCAGAGAUGGCUGAGAUGGAGGAACUGACCCUGAACCUGGGAGAUCUGGACCUGACCUCUGAUGACCUCACCCUGGACACGGUGAGCAUCCACAUUCAGGAGAACCUGGAGGACGCUCUGGUCCAGGAAGCCCUGAAGACGGGUGUUGACCUCCGGCAAUACUCGAAACAAGUGGAGCUGGAGCUGCAGCAGAUUGAACAUGUGUCCAUCAGAGACUACAUAGAGCAAAGUCAGAACAUCGCCUCCCUCCACAACCAGAUCUUUGCUUGCGACACCAUCCUAGAGAGGAUGGGCCUCAUGCUGGGCGGCUUCCAGUCUGACCUCAGCUCCAUCAGCUCAGAGAUCCAGUCCUUGCAGGAGAUGUCACUGGCCAUGAACAUCAAGCUGAAAAACCGCCAGACAGUGAGGAGUGAGCUGAGCGAGCUGGUGGACGAGCUGAUCAUUCCCAACACCAUGAUAAGUGUAAUCCUGGAGGUCCCGGUCACAGAGCAGCAGUUUGUGGAGCAGUUACAGGAGCUGAAUAAUAAGAUAAAUUACGUGAAGGAGCAGGCGUUCAGAGACACUCAGGCCUGCGGGGACGUACAGGACACUCUGCACAAGCUCAAGAUAAAGGCCGUGGCUAAAGUUCGAGAAUUCAUUCUGCAAAAGAUCUACUCCUUCCGGAAACCUAUGACCAAUUACCAGAUCCCCCAGAAUGCGCUGCUCAAGUACAGGUUCUUCUAUCAAUUUCUCCUGGGGAACGAGAGAUCUGUAGCUCAGGAAAUCCAGGACGAGUACGUGGAGACCAUGAGCAAAGUCUACCUGUCCUACUUUAAGUCUUACACCAGCCGCCUGAUGAAGGUGCAGUAUGAGGAAGUCGCAGAGAAGGAUGACUUGAUGGGCAUUGAAGACACAGCCAAAAAAGGCUUCUUUUCUAAGCCGGCUUUACGGAAUAAGAACACGAUAUUUACAGUGGGGAACAGAGCCGCCAUCAUCAGCCCGACUGAGCUGGAGGGUCCGAUCGUCGUGCCGCACACCGCGCAGAGGAGCGAAGUCCGAUACCCGUUUGAGUCCCUGUUCCGCAGUCAGCACUACGCCCUGCUGGAUAACAGCUGCCGGGAGUUCCUCUUCUUGUCGGACUUCUUCCUGGUGAGCGGCGCGGCGGCUCAGGAGCUCUUCAAUGCGGUGAUGGGCCGGAGUUUAUCAAUGUUCCUGAAGCACAUCGACUCCUACGUGUCCGACUGCUACGACAGCAUCGCCAUCUUCCUGUGCAUACACAUUGUGCUGCGAUUCAAGGGCAUAGCCCAGAGGAGGGACAUCCCCGCCAUAGACAAGUACUGGGAGGCUCUGCUGGACAUGCUGUGGCCCCGAUUCCAGCAUAUCCUGGAGCUGAAUAUACAGAGCAUCCGGAACACGGACCCUCAGAGACUGGGGACACUGGACACAAGACCGCACUAUAUCACUCGACGUUACGCAGAAUUCUCUUCGGCUAUUGUUAGCGUAAAUCAGACGUUUCCAAAUGAGAAGACAAACGUCCUCCUGGGGCAGCUGCAGGUGGAGGUGGAGAAUUUCGUCUUGAGGAUGGCAGCUGAAUUCUCGUCUAGGAAGGAGCAGCUCAUCUUCCUGAUGAAUAAUUAUGACAUGAUGCUGGGCGUGCUGAUGGAACGGGCGACUUCUGACAGUAAGGAAGUGGAAAGCUUCCAGCAGCUUCUGAGCGCUCGGACUCAGGAGUUCAUAGAAGAGAUCUUGUCUCCAUCCUUCGGGGGAAUGAUUUCCUUUGUAAAAGAAUCAGAAGCUCUCAUUGAGAAGGGGCAGCAGGACCGGCUGCGGAGUGAGGAAGCACGUGUGGCUCUGCUCGUCCGAGGCUUCUCUUCCACGUGGAAACAGGCGGUGGAGACGCUGAGCCAUGACGUCAUGAGGUCAUUCACCAACUUUAAAAAUGGCACCAGCAUCAUACAGGGGGCGCUCACACAGUUGAUCCAGUAUUAUCACCGUUUCCAUAAGCUCCUGUCCCAGCCCCCGCUCAGGAAUCUGCCCGUCUGUUCAGAAUUAAUUAAUCUUCAUCAUCUGAUGGUUGAACUCAAGAAACACAAACCAAACUUCUGAGGCGUCUCCGCGCUUCUGGCCACAUACUGUCAUAGGAUCUACACUAACGUCUCGCUGCUGCUCCGUCACUCUGUAUUUCUGCAGGAUGUCUUGUAAUGUUUUAAAUGUAUUUAAAGUAAUAAAUCUGUCUUGAAUCUAGUAAAAUAA